AUGGAAGACGACCUCGAACUACCACCUAGCACCGAUGCGAAGUCGAUCUUCCACAUCUACGAGAAGCAUAAGUGUCAUAAAAGCAUUACGCCAGUCCUCGAUCCUACUCUGGAACGACGGUCUGGCCCAACGAUCAAAGAACAGAAGACUACACGCAAGGAGAAGAAAGAGCGUCUGGACGCUGGAGUACCUAGUGUAGAACAAGACGAUAAUGCUUUCUUCUUUCACCGACCAUAUCUCGCCUUCCACAUACCGCCUCACGUACUUUACACUGGCAGUGGUAAGGACACCGCGCAGCCAGCUAUCUUGAUACACGAAGGCUGUUUCUGGAAAGAGUAUAAACUGCAACUUCUCCCAUCCACCCCCAGCAUACUCGACCCACGCGGUGUGGUACCAUGGCGCUACAACGCUGUAGACAAGAACGCCCUCAAGCACGAUCACCACAAGCUCAAAGGGUACAAAGUGCGGACGUGGAGGUUGUGGGGUGAGACGGGCAAGGAAUACGUUCGCUCCGUGAAAAACAUCCGUAAGACUGGCGAAGGACGGGAUCCUGAUGUGAUUAGGACGACGAAUGGCAAGUUAGAAGAACCUGCGACAGCAGAAGAGGUGGUCUAUCUACGGUGGAAGAACCCUCUCUCAUGUCAUACGAGAUGCUAUCACUUCAAGUAUGCUGGUGUUGACUUCUUCUGGAAAGGAACAGGUACUAUCAAGGAAUCUCUUAGUCGCUAG